AUGCCUUUGGUGUUGGCCACAUUGGCCUGGUUGGCCUGCCUCGUAAAGAUCUUCGCAGGCCGGCCAGAGCCCGAAGUGCCAGAUCAACGGCUUGUGGCCGCUUUGCACAACUGGAGAGAGGAGCGGCGCCUCACGCACGUGCAGCCUGACGGGCCUAGCUCUGUACGACAUGCCUCGGUACACCUCCUCUACACCACCCCGGCCGGCGGGCCACUGGAUGCGUGGUACAACGAGGUGGAAGUACAGGAAAGCAGCACAAGCUCCUACUUCAGUGUCCUUGGCCAUGCCUAUGGCUAUGCGGGAAUGCAGCAGCUCACAGAAGAUCCCUUCACUGGAAGAGCGAUCUUUUCAAUUUGGGACCCACCGAAUUGCAGCAGUAAUGACCUCAACAAUUGCCCUGAGGAGGAACGCGCGACCUUCGUGACGUGUGGCCCAGAGACGGUUUGUACCCGUUUUGGUGGCGAAGGCAGUGGUGCUAAAUCGUAUCUGAAAUGGAAUUCCUGGGAAACUGACAAGAAAUACAAGUUCCUUGUACAAGCUACUCCAAGCGGCACAGAGCACGUCGAGUUCACCUGCAGGUUUUAUGCAGCUGAGUUUGGCUGGCGCAUUCUUGCACGGAUCAAGGUGCGCCGCCGCGUGGACAUUCCAGCGGGGGUCUCAUCCAUGUACUCCUUCGUGGAACAGUGGACGACAGCCGACCACCAGGACAAGCGGUGGGCAUCGUUUGGACCUUCAGCUGUUCGAAGGAAUGGCAGCUUGCAGCAUGAGUGGGUUCAGCUUCGAGAAGCCCGAUGGGCACACUCACGAGCUCACAAUGAAGAGACGGCCCACAUCGAUGGAGGCAUCAGCACUAAGGGAGAUCGUUGGGAGUUGGGUCAUGGGGGCGAUGUCGACAGGAGCCUUGAAAUUUACGACAGGCUCACGGUGGCUGAGGUCAAAGCUUGCCCUGUGCAACUGAUUGAAGUGGUGUCCUUGGAGGGGGCAGGACAGCUGCCAACAGGACUGCCCCCGCAGCCAGUUGUGUCCUGUGGAAAUCACAUCGCCGAUACCUGCCUGGACUGUCCACAAGGAAACGGACCAACGUGGUGCAAUGGAGAGUGCGUCUGGAAUUAUAACACGUCCCUGUGCGAACCAGCAUCGCCGUGGCAGCCCGCGAAUUUGUCGACUUCCUGUGGCAACCACUGGGCAGAAAGCUGCAAUGAUUGUCCUCAAGACCAUGGCAAGUCGUGGUGCAAGGGCGACUGCCAGUGGGAUUUAGACAGCAACUCCUGCACAACCAGACAUCGGCGACUCGGGCAUGUCACUCUGGACUGCAGCCCCAGUCCCAGGAAAUUGCCGACAGAAUCUCCACAAGUGCAAGCAGAUUUAGCCAGGCAGCGCAGCAUCAGUUCGGCCAUCAUUUGGUUCCUUGUGCUCAGCUUUGUCCCUCGGCGGUAA